AUGUCUGAGAUUCUGUCUUCAUUGAGGUCACUAAUGGCCUCUCACUCUCCUCCUCUUGAUGCUUUGGUCGUCCCCUCCGAAGACUAUCACCAGAGUGAGUAUGUCUCUGCUCGAGACAAACGCCGCGAGUUCGUGUCUGGAUUCACUGGAAGUGCAGGUUUGGCACUAAUCACGAAAAACGAAGCAAGACUCUGGACAGAUGGUCGCUACUUCUUGCAAGCAACUCAACAACUUAGCCACGAGUGGACACUCAUGCGUAUGGGAGAAGAUCCUCUCCUUGAAGUUUGGAUGUCUGAUAAUCUAUCUGAAGAAGCAAACAUUGGUGUUGAUCCAUGGUGUGUCUCCGUAGACACUGCUAACAGAUGGAACAAGUCCUUGGCCAAAAAGAAUCAGAAACUCAUUCCGACAACAACUGAUCUUGUGGACGAGGUUUGGAAGAACCGUCCGGAUUCUCAGAUGAGUCCAGUUGUUGUUCAUCCCUUGGAGUUUGCUGGCCGCUCUGUUUCCGAUAAACUUGAAGAGUUGAGGUCAAAGCUGAAGCAAGAGAGUGCUCGUGGUUAUGUCAUUGCUGCUCUCGAUGAGGUUGCUUGGCUAUACAAUAUACGUGGCACUGACGUCGCUUACUGCCCCGUUGCUCAUGCCUUUGCUAUUGUUACUAUCGACUCUGCGUUCCUCUACGUGGACAAGAAGAAAGUAUCCAAUGAGGCAAGUGAUUAUUUCAAGGGGCUUGGUGUAGAGGUCAGGGAGUACACAGAUGUGAUCUCAGAUGUGGCGUUGCUUGCUUCUGAUACACUCUUUUCAUCAUUCUCCUCUAAAAGUACAAAGGAAGACAUGGAGACUGAUUCUGAUUGGUUAUGGGUGGAUCCUGCUAAGUGCUGUUAUGCAAUUUAUUCCAAAUUGGAUGCUGAUAAGCUUCUCCUGCAACCAUCUCCUUUGUCACUCCCUAAAGCCUUAAAGAAUCAUGUUGAGCUAGAAGGGCUCAAGAAGGCACAUGUGCGUGAUGGUGCAGCUGUUGUCCAGUACCUUGCCUGGCUCGAUGAACAGAUGCAAGAGCUAUAUGGAGCAUCUGGAUACUUUUUGGAAGCAGAGUCAAACAAAAAGAAACCAACUAGUGAGACCUCUAAGCUUACUGAAUCGACUGUGAGUGAUAAGCUGGAAAGUCUCCGAGCUGCCAAAGAGCAUUUUAGAGGAUUAAGCUUUCCUACAAUAUCAUCGGUUGGUUCAAACGCUGCGAUUAUUCAUUAUUCACCAGAAGCUGGAGCUUGUGCCGAGAUGGAUCCAGACAAAAUCUACUUGUGUGAUUCAGGAGCACAGUACCUGGAUGGAACAACUGAUAUAACACGAACGGUUCACUUUGGUAAACCUUCAGCUCAUGAAAAGGACUGCUACACUGCGGUACUCAAGGGUCAUAUUGCACUCGGGAAUGCUCGGUUUCCUAAAGGAACAAGCGGGUAUACACUUGAUAUUCUUGCUAGAGCUCCUUUGUGGAAGUAUGGCUUGGAUUAUCGACAUGGUACUGGUCAUGGUGUCGGCUCUUACCUUUUCGUUCAUGAAGGACCUCACCAAGUUAGUUUCAGACCUCAUGCUAGGAAUGUUCCUCUUCAAGCUUCCAUGACUGUUACUGAUGAGCCUGGUUAUUAUGAAGAUGGGAACUUUGGUAUAAGGCUAGAGAAUGUUCUUGUUGUCAAUGAUGCUGAAACCGAAUUUAACUUUGGAGACAAGGGCUACUUGCAGUUUGAGCAUAUCACUUGGGCACCCUAUCAAGUGAAACUUAUCAAUUUAGAGCAGCUGACACGAGAAGAGAUUGAUUGGUUAAACACAUACCAUUUGAAAUGCAAGGACAUCUUAGCUCCGUUCAUGAACCAGACCGAAAUGGAAUGGCUCGAGAAAGCUACCGAACCUGUAAGUGUAUUGGUUUGAAAUCACUCGCCAGAUGUCUCUCCAUUAGAUGUGUAGCAAAUGGCUUAUUCACUUCACUGUUCAGACAAAGAUUAUUUGCCUUUAGUUUCUAUUCAGACAUUCACAAAAUAAAAAAAGGCUCAUGUCUCUUGAACAACACAUGUCUUUAUUCCAACAAGAUUCUCAGUUAAUGUGUCUUUUUGUU